AUUCCGCCUCCGCCGCCGCCGCCUCCUCCUCCUCCUCCUCCUCCUCCUCCUCUUUUAUUCUCCUGCUCCCCUACCAAGGUCGAAACCCUAACGAAACCCUAACCAUGGCGGCGCGUGGUUUCCGUGGCGUGAAAGAUGACCUCUCAGAGCUCGGCCGCUGCGUCCUCGACAUCGCCUGCUUCCUAGGCCCCAUAGCGCCCCCGCCUCGGCAGGAAUCCCCCCCGUCAUCGCCCCGCCUCGCCACGCCGCCACCGCCGCCGCAGAAGCCGCGGCCCUCCGCGAGGGCCCUGUCCGGGAUCCUAAGCGACCUCGGCGACGACGGAGGCGUUUUCCGCAGCGACCCCUCUCGCCUCUCCCGGAGCUCACCCGAUCGGGACCGGAGAUCCACUGAUCGGGCGGGUGGGGUGAGGACCAUUAGGGUGUCGGCGGAGGUCCUGGAAUUCGUUGGCCAUAUUAUCAAGCGCCCAGAGUUGUGGCUGGACUUCCCGGUGUCUGUGGAUGAAGAGUUUCAUAUGUCUCACACUCAAAGAGAGCAUGUUUCUACUGUUGAGGACUGCAUUCCUGAUUUAUUAUCUCUUCGAAUAAGCCUUUGUCCCACCUACAUGAGUGAGGAAUCCUUUUGGAGGAUAUACUUUGCAUUAUUGCAUCCCAGGCUGAGCAAACAUGACUCUGAACUGUUAGCAACUCAUCGGAUUUUUGACUCAUUUUGCACAAUGGAAAAGGAGAGACACAGUGGGUUAGUUACUCGAUGGCAGAACCUCUACUCGGAGAGCAUAUCCUCGUUGAAAAGUGAAACAUGUGUCAGCAUCCAGCAAGAGGACAUUAAUGAAACAUGGGAAGAUGCAUCGAUCACCAGGACAGGAUCACAACAAAGCAUAUAUCAGUGGUGUGAGGUACCCGAAGCAAAAAACACUCCUACUGAUGCAACAAGACUUGGAUUCAAUGAUAUUUCAGUUGACGCCAGUGAGGGUAAUGUUUUCGUGAUGGUGAAUCACAUGGACUCAUUCUUGGCAGCAGAACAGGUGGUGCAUUCGCCUUGUUCCUCGAGAAGGAAACAUGUUUCUUCUGGUGAGGAAGAAAUGGCGAAAUCAAAGAUGCCCUCAGAUGAGGAAUAUGAUGAUUGGCAGGCGGUUGAAGAUUCAGACUUCGUAAGUGUAGGUGUUCUUCUGCACGUAACAUUCAGAUCUGCAUCACCACUUCGUUUUAUGUUACAGCAACUUUGA